UCAUUGCUAUUUUCUAUUGUGACUAACCUCAGUAUUGUUGUCAAAUCUCCAACACGAUGAUGACCAUCAGCAAAGUCCAAGCACUCCGCUCCUUGCAACAGGUUGGGCUGCGAUCCAUCUCGUCUGUGGUCCCGAAGACGGAUCUGGAGAUCCGCGACUUCAAGGUCGAGAAUGAGCCGCUUUUGUCGUAUUUGCCGGGCAGCAAGGAGCGCCAGGAAUUGGAGGCCGCCCUGAAAACUCACGCUGCUCAAACCGAAGAAUGUCCAAUUAUCAUUGGGGGCAAGGAAUACCGCACGGACGAUGUCCGUUAUCAAGUCAUGCCCCAUGAUCACCAGAAGAAGGUGGCUAAGUUCUAUCAUGCUACUCCAGAACUCGUCAAGAAAGCCAUUGCCACCUCCAUGGAGGCCAAAAAAGAAUGGGAGCGCGUCCCCAUUGGAGACCGAAUGGAGCUCUUCUUGAAGGUGUCUGACCAGAUGGCCAAUGAGCACCGUGCCCAAUUGAAUGCCACCACCAUGUUGGGUCAAGCCAAGACCAUUAUUCAGGCCGAGAUCGAUGCCGCUGCCGAGUUGGUGGACUUCUACCGAUUCAAUUGCUAUUUUGGGAAGGAACUCCUGAAAUAUCAACCCAUCAGCGAGAGUCCAGACACCACCCUGAACUUGAUGCGGUACCGCUCUUUGGAGGGAUUCGUGGCCUCCAUUUCGCCAUUCAAUUUCACCGCCAUCGCUGGCAACCUUGCCUACACCCCGGCCAUCAUGGGCAAUGGUGUGGUCUGGAAACCUAGUGACACGGCUGUCCUGUCCAAUUACCAAAUCCUGAAGAUCUUCCGUGACGCCGGUUUCCCGGAUGGUGUGGUCAACUUUGUACCUGCCGAUGGACCCGUGUUUGGUAAGGCUGUCACCGGCUCCCGAGAUCUGGCAGCCAUCAACUUCACUGGAUCUGUUCCGACAUUCCAAUGGCUGUGGAAGGCCGUGGGCCAGAACCUGAGCCAAUACACGGGAUUCCCUAAGUUGAUUGGCGAGUGUGGAGGCAAGAACUAUCACUUUGUUCAUCCCAGCGCUGAGGUGGAGUCCGUGGUCUCGUCGAGCAUUCGAUCUGCAUUUGAAUAUCAGGGACAAAAGUGCUCGGCCUGCUCGCGAAUGUACGUCCCCGAAUCGCUUUGGCCACAGGUGAAAGAGGGUUUGUUGGAAACUCGAAAGUCCCUGAAGAUGGGCUCCGUGACCGAUUUCGACUCGUUCAUGAGCGCUGUGAUCGACCGAAACUCCUUUGACCGCUGCCACAGCUACAUCGAGCAUGCCAAAGCCGGUCCCAACACCACCGUUCUGGGUGGUGGAAAGUGUGACGACAGCGUGGGAUUCUUCGUGGAGCCCACCAUUGUGCAAACCACUUCGACCAAGGACAAGAUCUUCGCCGAGGAGAUCUUUGGCCCCAUCCUCACUGCUUACGUUUACAAAGAUACCGAUGUGAAGAGCAUGCUCCAGACCGUCAUGGAGGACACGCCCUACGCUCUGACUGGAGCGGUCUACUCUCAAGACGAGACCUUUGCUAAGGAGGCCACGGAGACGCUCAAGGGCAGCGCAGGGAAUUUCUACAUGAACGACAAAUCCACGGGCUCCGUGGUUGGACAACAACCAUUUGGAGGGGCUAAACUCUCUGGCACCAACGACAAGGCGGGCGGACCUCACUACAUGUUGAAAUGGGCUUCUCCGCAAUCCGUGAAGCAGACCUUCGUCACGCUGAAGGAUGUCGAGUAUCCCUACAUGAAGAAGUAAACGAACGGCGGGAAAUUCAAAUUCCAUUUGGAACACUCCAUCGAUCUUCUCGUUCCUUGUAUAUAAAUGAUAUGGCUUUCACCUUGGCAUUAUCGACCUCAUCGGAAUGCUCCAUUUGUUCGGAGCCACCUCUAUGAAUCCUGAAAAAAAAAACCGACAAACAAAACUCAGCGCACACACACACAUACAAACUACACUUGAUUAAGUAAAAUAACCGACCGACACACACGUUCUCAUCAUUUGCAAACAUAGUACCCCUGUUAUUGAUAGAUGUAUCAUCUUCAAAUCGGGAAUCGGACAAUAAAUUCAACGUGCACGAUUCAAAAACCAA